UGGGCGGGCUUGGACAUUCUUUUUUCUUCUAUGGAGCAAACGGUAGCCGUUCCCCAGGGAGCUUCUGUCCCCAGAGACCAGAUUAGCUGCAUCUGGUCUCUCAGUAUAGACUUGGGAGGCUAACGUCUGGGGGGCUUGGGGAGGGAAGGGGCCCUCCAAUAUCCGGAUGUGGGGCAGGAAAACCCUAAUUCAGACUCUGGGUUCCCCUUCCCCAGAAAGAAGGGAGGCAAUAGUCAAGAGCACCCUGGACGACAUAGGUGGUUCCAACUGACCUCUGAUGGUUGCAAGGAGCCAGGACCAGAGCCUGCAGCUGGGGAAAAGGGCAGGCACCUGUCUCUGCACCCACUGGACCCCAGCAUCCAGACCCCACACCCCAGGCUGUUCCCUGUCCAGUCAGCUGAUUGGAGAUGGAGCAUCUGAGGGACGGUCUGCAGGGUGAGGGUAUGAAGGAGGACAACUCUGGAGAGCCUAGAGACCUCUAGUUACCAUGCCCCUUCCUUUCUCUAGAAGCUCAACUCCAGGGAAGUACAACUCAAGCUACUUCUGUGUCCUGGUUUGCAUGCUUGGAGACUUGGGAACCCACCAUCUCGGAAAUCGAGUCCGGUGGCUCCCAGGCUGCAGUGACGGUCCAGAGCUGGCACCACAGAACCUGGGCGACCCCCUCCACCCACCCAUGCCCACCCCACAUGAGGCUGAGAAACAGCACACAGGACCAGAGGAGGCGGACAGGCCCCCCUCGAUGUCCAGCCAUGAUGCAGCUCCCUCAGGACCCCCCAGUCGCAAUCCCUGCUGCUUAUGCUGGUGCUGCUGCUGCAGCUGUUCCUGGAACCAAGAACGGCAGCGAGCUUGGCAGGCUUCUCGGGAAAGCAAGCUGCAACCCCUCCCCAGCUGUGAAGUUUGCACUCCACCAAGCCCUGAGGAAGUACAAAGCUGGGCACAGUCCUUUGACAAGUUGAUGCAUAGCCCCACGGGCCGCAGUGUGUUCCGGGCAUUCCUACGCACAGAAUACAGUGAAGAGAACAUGCUCUUCUGGCUGGCCUGUGAGGAAUUGAAAGCAGAGGCCAACCAACAUGUGGUGGAUGAGAAGGCGCGACUUAUCUAUGAGGACUACGUGUCCAUCCUGUCCCCCAAGGAGGUGAGCCUGGACUCUCGUGUGCGAGAAGGCAUCAAUAGGAAGAUGCAGGAGCCAUCGCCACACACGUUUGAUGAUGCACAGCUGCAGAUCUACACCCUCAUGCACCGGGACUCCUAUCCUCGCUUCCUCACCUCCCCCACCUACCGUUCUCUGCUACUCCAGGGGGCCCCACAGUCCUCCUCUGAGGCCUAGGUGCUUGCCACACACGUAUUCUACUCUAUGGGCAGACUAGGGGCUAACCCUGCCCCAUUUGGCUGGAAGUAGACUCAGUCUCAGUGGUAACUGCAGUGUUCUGCUCUGCCCUAGCCUGCUCCAACUGGGGGUCUCCUAGAUGGUGCAUCAGACCCCCCAGUCAUGUGCCCAGGAGAUGUUCUCAUAGAGAACAGCCUCUAUGCCAACAGGUUUGUAGCAGAACUGUUUAUUCCUCAGAACCAGAUGUGGGACUUCAGAGUCAGGCUCAAAUGAAGAGCCCAUUUAUAUUUUAUAUGUUAAUGAACUUUAAAAUUGGAAAUAUGUCCUUAUUGUACAAAAGAAAAAAGAAAGCUUUCACAUUCAUCUGUAUUCUUCCACAUGCCAAAAACAUGAUAUCAUAUUCUUGACCUUUUUAAAACAAGUUUCUGUUUAUCCCACAAUUAGAGUAGGAGGUUAGAGAAGAGGAUCAUCCAUCUCUACCCUGUGCCCUGCCCAAGGUAUGGCUCUCAGAACUGGCCUCAACUCUUAGGCUUGAGAUGUAACUGGAGAUGAUCCCAAACCCUUGUAUACUUGGUGAAAUGUCUUCCCAGAGCCUGGUGGGAACAAAGCUGAUGGCACAAGGUCAUCUUCAUCUUAUGGGUCCAAUAAAGCAAAGCACCCAGUA